UAAAAGUGAAGCUCUGCGAGUUUGUCACUGGCUCUAUGAGACUCAGAAUGAGGAGAUGAUCAGAGACGCCAUUGGGAAGGACUUAGAGUUGGAUUUUAGAUGGAUGACUUUAUCUGUUCUGGACUGUGCUGUGCUGGCCUCUGUCAUCAGCUGCUGUGGAGAACUUAAGGAACUUGACCUGUCAUACACACCUCGGACCCUCGAGUGCAUCAGGAGACUGGCAAAGGGGCUCAGCUGCUGCAAUAAAGUUUGUCUCUGGUCAUGUCGUCUCACCGUCAGAUGUUGCUCAGCUCUCUCCUCGGCUCUCUCUGCUCCAAACUCGCAGCUGACUGAACUGUGGCUGGGUGAGAACAAGAAGAUGGAGGACUCAGAAGUGGAGCAGCUGUGUGAGGGCCUCAGGAGUGCAAACUGUAAACUGAAGAAACUGGGACUAAGGUCAUGUCUUCUCACCUCAGCCUGCUGCUCAGCUCUCUCCUCGGUCCUCUCGUCUCCAAACUCACGGCUGACAUAUCUGGACCUGGACAACAACAACCUGGAAGAUUCAGGGGCUCAACAGCUGAGUUGGGGGCUCAGGAGUGACAACUGUAAAUUAGAGACACUGAGGCUGUUGAGUAACGGGAUCAGUGAGAGUGAGAAGAGGAACCUGUGGUCAGUAGAGAAGGAGCUGAGGAGGUCUGGACGGCAGGUGGAUAUCUACAUAUGAGAAGACCAGCAGUGGUGAUCAAACUGACCCCUUGUUAGUGAUGGAGCCCCCCGUCCACUCACCCCUAAAUUCUCCUCUUUCUUCUUUUUCUUCUCCUCUCAGCUCUGCUCCUCAUUUAAUAAACUCUCCAUGUCCCCUCA